GGCAUGGGGAAAGCUAAUUCAAAACCAUUCGCCUCUAUUCGAGAGAAAGAUACAGAAUAUAAAAUAAUUAAUCCAGAGAAAGAUCGAAUCAUUGAAGGACAACUUGAGAAUUUAGGGGUCAAGAUUAUAUUCUCUCAUUGGGAAAAAUUUAAGAGCUAUUUCAUUAAUGAGCUCGGAUUUGAAGAAUUAAGAUUUUAUUUGAAAAAUUCUACAAUAUCAGCAAGUAUGAGAAAACUUUCGAAAGUAAAGUUUAAAACUAAUGAUCUCAAAAGGCUUCACCUAAAUGGAAUAAAUAAAAGAAGUAGAGGUAUCAAAGAUCUCCUUGAAAAUAUGAGAAGUCCUAAUAUUGGUCAUUUAGAGUUAGGAAAAUGUCAGCAAAGCUCUUUGCGAUUUGACUUAUACUCUCAACCCAUCUGUAGGAUUCUCAAUACUGCACAAUGAUUAGUUGUGCUUGAAUAUUUUGAUAUUUCUCAAAAGAACUUUUGUAGAUUAUUGAUAUCUUCUAAUCAAAAUGUCAAGUUAAGCUUCCACCGCUGCACCAUAACCCUCCUCUCCUUCCCUCACUUCCCCCGCUCAACCACCCACCUAAAAUCCCUCUUCCUCCGAAGAUGCUCAAUCAUCCACUCCACUCCACCCAGCACUGACCUCACCAGCUUCAUUUCCCAACUGACCAGUGCACUUGAGCCGAAGUUACGAUGACUGCAGAUUACUACUGAGGGUACGACCAGAAGAGAGUUUUACCCGUACAUGACCAGGUGUGGGAGGAUUGGGAACUGAAAUUUAGUUGUGUUUGAAGAAUUGUAGGGUG